GCGUGAGGACGCACGGGCCUGACGUCUGCAGUAUAAAUUCAUGUUUGUUGACGUCAGCGGCCUCUUCCCUGCCUAUGCCCUCGUGAGGUGGGCAGUGUAAAAAAAUUUGUCUCUCUUUCCACUAAGCGAAUCCCAAACCAUCCGUCAAAAUGGUGAACUUUACCGUAGACCAGAUCCGUGCCAUCAUGGACAAGAAGGCCAACAUUCGUAACAUGUCCGUGAUUGCGCACGUGGACCAUGGAAAGUCAACCCUGACAGACUCGCUGGUGUCGAAGGCCGGUAUCAUCGCCUCAGCUCGUGCUGGAGAGACCCGUUUCACAGACACACGCAAAGAUGAACAGGAACGAUGCAUUACCAUCAAGUCUACCGCCAUCUCUAUGUACUAUGAACUGAGUGAGAAUGACUUGGCCUUCAUCAAGCAGUCCAAAGAUGGCUCUGGCUUCCUUAUCAACCUGAUCGACUCUCCAGGCCACGUCGACUUCUCCUCUGAAGUAACAGCUGCCCUCCGUGUCACUGAUGGAGCCCUGGUUGUGGUGGACUGUGUGUCUGGUGUUUGUGUGCAGACUGAGACAGUGCUGCGUCAAGCCAUUGGUGAGCGCAUCAAGCCUGUGCUGAUGAUGAACAAGAUGGACCGUGCCUUGCUGGAGUUGCAGCUUGACCCUGAGGAGCUCUACCAGACAUUCCAGCGUAUUGUUGAGAACGUCAACGUCAUCAUUUCCACUUACGGAGAGGAUGAGAAUGGUCCCAUGGGCAACAUCAUGAUCGAUCCAGUCAUCGGCACUGUCGGCUUUGGUUCUGGACUCCACGGCUGGGCUUUCACCCUCAAGCAGUUUGCUGAGAUGUAUGCAGCCAAGUUUGCUGCCAAGGGAAACACCCAGAUGACACCAGCUGAGCGCUGCAAGAAGGUGGAAGACAUGAUGAAGAAGCUGUGGGGUGAUAAGUAUUUUGACCCAGACGCCGGCAAGUUCAGCAAGUCUGCUACUGGCCCUGAUGGCAAGAAACUGCCCCGUACCUUCUGCCAGCUCAUCCUGGACCCCAUCUUCAAGGUGUUUGAUGCCAUCAUGAACUUCAAGAAGGACGAGACAGCCAAACUGAUUGAGAAGCUGGACAUUAAGCUCGAUACUGAAGAUAAGGAAAAGGAGGGCAAACCUCUGCUGAAGGCUGUGAUGCGCCGCUGGCUCCCUGCCGGAGAGGCCCUACUCCAAAUGAUCACCAUUCACCUGCCUUCCCCUGUCACUGCCCAGAAGUACCGUUGUGAGCUUCUCUAUGAAGGACCUGGCGAUGAUGAGGCUGCCAUGGGUAUCAAGAACUGUGACCCCAAGGCCCCCUUGAUGAUGUACAUCUCAAAGAUGGUGCCCACCAGUGACAAGGGCCGUUUCUAUGCCUUUGGCCGUGUGUUCUCUGGCUGCGUCUCUACUGGCCUUAAAGUCCGCAUUAUGGGACCAAACUUCACCCCUGGAAAGAAGGAGGACCUCUAUAUCAAACCCAUCCAGAGGACCAUUCUGAUGAUGGGCCGUUACGUUGAGCCCAUUGAGGAUGUGCCAUGUGGUAACAUUGUGGGUCUGGUUGGAGUGGACCAGUUCCUUGUCAAGACUGGGACCAUCACCACUUUUGAGCAGGCACACAACAUGAGGGUGAUGAAGUUCAGUGUGAGCCCUGUGGUGAGAGUGGCUGUGGAGGCCAAGAACCCAGCUGACCUGCCCAAAUUGGUGGAGGGCUUGAAACGUCUGUCAAAGUCUGAUCCCAUGGUACAGUGUAUCAUUGAGGAGUCUGGAGAGCAUAUCAUCGCUGGAGCUGGAGAGCUGCAUCUGGAAAUCUGCCUGAAGGAUCUGGAGGAGGACCAUGCUUGCAUUCCUCUGAAGAAAUCUGACCCCGUGGUGUCCUACAGAGAGACGGUCAGCGAGGAGUCAAAUGUGAUGUGUCUGUCAAAGUCCCCCAACAAGCACAACCGUCUGUUCAUGAAGGCCCGUCCCUUCCAAGAUGGUCUGGCAGAAGACAUUGACAAGGGUGACGUCACCUCUCGUCAGGAGUUGAAGGCCCGUGCACGUUACCUGGCCGACAAGCACGAGUGGGAGGUCACUGAGGCCCGUAAGAUCUGGUGCUUCGGACCCGACGGAACUGGUCCCAACCUGUUGGUGGACGUCACCAAGGGAGUGCAGUACCUUAACGAGAUCAAGGACAGUGUUGUGGCUGGCUUCCAGUGGGCCUCCAAGGAGGGUGCCCUGUGUGAAGAGAACAUGCGUGGCAUUCGCUUUGACAUCCAUGAUGUGACCCUGCAUACUGAUGCUAUCCACCGUGGUGGUGGCCAGAUCAUUCCCACAGCCCGCAGAGCCCUGUAUGCCUGCCAGCUCACAGCUCAGCCCAGACUCAUGGAGCCUGUCUACCUGGUUGAGAUCCAGUGUCCUGAGGCAGUGGUGGGAGGAAUCUACGGUGUGUUGAACAGGAAGCGUGGUCAUGUGUUUGAGGAGUCCCAGGUCAUGGGAACACCCAUGUUUGUUGUCAAGGCCUACCUGCCUGUCAAUGAGUCAUUUGGUUUCACAGCUGACCUGCGUUCCAACACUGGUGGCCAGGCCUUCCCACAGUGUGUGUUCGACCACUGGCAGGUGCUUCCAGGAGACCCAUUCGACGCCGCCUCCAAGCCUUCAUCAAUUGUCGCUGAGACACGCAAACGCAAGGGGCUCAAAGAAGGCAUCCCUGCCCUGGACAACUUCCUGGACAAAAUGUAAAAGCUUGUCCCCUACUUGCCUCUCCUCAUUCCUCUUUCCCAUCCAAUUUCCUCCACAUUGUGGGACAGGACUGUACAGAACACCAUGAGCACUAAUGUUUGCCAAAAGGAUUGACAUUAUGAAUAAACAAUUACGAAAAUUGUAAACGAUAAAUAAAGGAAAAUAAAAACGUA